GGUGACAGAAAUGUAUGAUCAUGAGAGGGAAGUUUGGUUGGCGGGAAGAACCGGAAUUUUUUAAGUGCCAAAAUCGAUUCUUCCAUUCAAAAGAUUACCCCAUUCUAUCUUUUAUAGUUUUUUCUGUUUUUUAUACUCCAUUAUUUCUCUUUUUUCUUUUCUAUUAUGUUCUAUUUCAUUGCCAAUCCCAUUUUGUUUUAUCAUAUUAUAUUCUUUUAAUUAUAUUGUGUUCUAUUCUUUCCAUUCUCUUGUUUUUCAUACCAUAUCCUGUUCUCUUGUCCUUCCCUUUCUGUUCAUUUCUCCCUGCAUUUCUUUUCCAAUUUUCUCUGUCUAGUGGUCUAAAAGGAAAUGGGGGUUUUCAGGUGGGUAGGGAGGGGGGGGGGGUCACGGAAUCUCUCACCAGUCAAGGACUGCAACUUCCCAGGGUAUUAAUUUGGUCGCUCAAUAAUAACAAAUCCUUGAAAUUGACUGAACGUUCAUGUGCGUGGCCUUAUAUCCCAAUAUUGCCAUUUCCUCUGACCUGACCAAAGGUCGUAUACGAUCCAUGCAUACUCCUUCAAAUUAAAAUUGCACAUUGUGUUCAGUGCCAACGAAGACAACAAAUGUAGGUCGACUGCGGCGUGUAUAUAUCACAUGGUAUCAGAUUGUAUAUACACGUGUCCUUCAGAUACUACUGGCUGUUCAUUGUAACGAAUGUGCCUGUUGGGGUGCCUGUAUUUUAAAUAUUGAGUAAAUUUGCAGCUUUAUUUGUUUUGUUCAUUGGACUGGGCUGACAGAUGAUUCUUGUUUGAUAACUCGAUUCAUGAGCCUGUCAAAGAAUUGGUCUCGACUGAUUGCACUGCAAGUUGAAUUGAUUUUGGAAUACCAAUUAAGUCCCGGAAUUUAAUUAACAGGGGUUUAACUACAUUGGAAUUAAGAUGUCAUCGUCUGCUGUCAGUGAUGGAGAAUGCGAACACAAAACCCGCACAAUUCUCUGGUGCAUGCCUCGUUCAGUUUCUACCGCUCUAACAAAAUGUCUUAGCUUCACACCUGACACGCAGGUGUGGUUCGAACCUUACUGCUAUUGCUUCCUCGCAAGGCGGGAAAUCCAAAGUCGUCAGCACGUCGACUUGCCGACCUGUUACCAUGGCAACGAACAUACCUUUCAUCAGGCAGCCAGCUUCAUGAACGAAUCAACAAGCUGUAGAUCAUUCAAAGCUGAAAGUCUUUCGUAUAACGAAGUGAAGAAAUCCCUUGAAAGUUGGUCAAACAAGCAUGUGUUUGUGAAAGACAUUGCAUUCAGCAUUGGUGAGAACGAGCGUCCAUUCCUGCCGACUGGAUUCAAGCAUACUUUCCUCAUCCGUCAUCCUCUGCGCUCCUUCUACUCCCAAAGGAAAAUGAUGUUCGAACACUGCUCCAAACUCGGGCUCUUGACCGGCGAAGCCGCAGACGAGUCCACAUACGACCUCGAGCGACAUAACCACUACAUGACCCCGGGUCUUUUCAUCAAGGACGUCUAUGACCUCUGGAAGUAUAUUCGGGAGAAUGUUGAUAGCAACCCCAUCGUGAUGGACGGUGACGAUCUGCUUGCGAACCCUUCCGAAAUGCUCCCGAAGUAUUGCCGAGCCGUUGGGCUGCCUUACGAAAAAUCCCGAUUGACGUGGGAUGCUUCGCUGAACGUCGUGAAGACUUGGAAGCUGCCUGCCGAUGAUCUCUUGGAGAACAUCGUAGCGUGGUAUGGAACUGCGACGAGGAGUAGCGGAUUCAAACCAGCCAAUAGGAUGCCUUCUCGUGACGAAGUAACUCAAGACGUCAUAAGAUGCACUGACCAAGUCUUGCCAUUUUAUGAAGAGAUGUAUGAACAUCGAAUGAAAGUCUAACGAAAAUGGUAAUAAUGCAUUAUUACAUUGGUUAUUGAUUGUACUACAGAAAGCAAUGAAAACAAACCAACAUUCAAAAUAAUGAGUGUUGAAUAUAUAGCUAUGUUGGCCACCUGCUUUUUCGACAGGUUAUGGGAAUUUUUUUGACUUGCGACUCGAUCCUGUUCAGAUAUAGAUGUCCGUUACUUUAAUAAGAAAGAGCAUGGUGAUCUAUAACAAUAAAUUCUGCCAAUGAAACCAUUACAUUUAAUUGUUAAACUGUAUAUCCAAAGGUGUAUAGCAGUAAAUGUCGCCUUCAGCCCCAAAAUAAAGAUGUAUUAAUUCCUGAUUUUUUUUUAAAAGUGGCACUUUCAACAAUCUAUGAAUCAGAAGGGGUCACUCACUGCGCUUAAAGGGGGUAUUCCAGGUUGAAUACAUCAUAUUAUUUUGAAGGGAUAAAGUAUAUCAGCAGGAAAAUCAGACAAGGAAAUCCCAAAGGAAAUGAGGUUAUGACAUUUUAUAUGCAUUUUCUUCAUAAAUAUGUGAUUAGCACGCUGAUGAUGUCAUAUCCAUCCCAGCUUGUUCUUUGAUAAUAUAGGUUUUCCCGUCCAAUUUCGUCAAAAUUUCAACCGAUUUAAUGAUGUAAAAUACUUUAAUUUGCAACUAAUUUGAAUGACCUAUGAGAUCAGCAUUUAAAUAGCCAAAUACUUAAUUUAAUUUAAUUCUAAUGGCACGCGAUUUCAUAGUUAUCUCAUUUAAACAUUUUUAAAGAACGAACAAAUUAAAAUAAGUGAGUAGUGUUUUCAAAUUCGCAACGGUACCUUCCUUGCGAACGUUUAGGAAUUCAAAAUCAUUAAUAUGCAAUCACUUACAGGAUAUGGACAGUGUUUUUCGUUGUUGUUGUUUUUUACUUCUUUUGUAUAAUUAUGGAAAUGGGUUUUUCUCCUACAUUGGAUGUUAAAAAUUUUACUGAAUUUUACAUCUGACAGACCAUCAUCGGAACAACAACUCGUUUUUGUUCCACUUUCAUAACUAUAGACUGUGGUCAAUACCAUGAUACCCAUCCCUUCCCCAAAACGAUUUAAAUUAUAUACAAUUAU